UCACUCAGGGCCGCAACCCAAGGCCAGACCGGACCAAGCGGCACAGCGGGACGAGCGCCAUGCGGACAGAAGCACGAGUGACAGCAGGCCACCCCGGUGUCGCUAUUGCCCCUCUGAGCAAUACCACUGGCAUGCAGACUGUCCGACAUGAGAGCAGGUAUGGAGGAAUAUGAAGGUCGAAGGACACCUGCCGGGAAACUUCCAGUAGGGGGCAGUAAUCUAGCCAGCCACUGUCCCCAACACACCCGCCCGACUGACCAGCACCAGCCACCACAGGUGAACCGAGGGAAAUGUUGCCGACUAGCAACUCCAUCCAGACUCAUAGCAGAUAGGAAUGACCAGCCAACGGAUGUCAGCAGCGUGUCAGCACCUGCGGCCACCUGCAUCACAUCACCGGCAGGCACGGCCCGACCCACCCAGUCGCCCAAUGCCCCAAAAGCCCCUGCGAUGAGUGGAGGCGCAACUGCCCACCUUGGACAGCUGGGUGACGAUGAGGCCAUGCUACUCAGAGUCCCGGUGCUCCUGAACGGGCACCCUGUACCUAGCCUGAUGGACACGGCGGCGAGUCACUCGUACAUCUCCGCCCAUCUGGUGCCGGAGGGGGACCUGGAGCCAUACGAGGGGACCGCCCUACUGGCCACCGAGGGGACCAGUGUGCCCACAGCUGGGUGCGCCCAGAGGCAGCAGUGACGCGGCGGAGGCCAAGUCAGCCAAGCCGCCAGGAAUAGAAGCGCCGCGCCCGGCGCGCAGUCAUAUGGCGAGUACUGAGAACAGCGAGACGUGCGGGCAGUGUGUGCCGUGCGUGGUGAUGGCCGUGCGUGCAUCUGCGGAGCGCAUCUCGGCCGCCACACUCUACAUCCACACGUCUCUACAUCCACACGUCUCCACGGUUAGUGACUCUCACACAACUAAUUAUUAUGCAGAGCAAGGGUUCCCACCCGUUCUCGGUAUGGGGUUUGAUUUAAAAUGUGCACAGUUGAAGUUGCUUCUGCUUUCAUCCGCAAAUUUAACGUUACUUUACUAUGCAUAUUUUAGUGUAGUAUUUGUCAGGAAAUGGCUUGUGAAGUACAGUAACGAAAUUGUCAGGAAUGUCAAUGAACGAGUUGUAGCAGAGAACCAAAGUGGUAAGUGAUAGUAGCGACACUAUAAGCAGCAACAAGAAAACUGUAAUAAAUACAUGCAUUUUUGACAGUAGAUUAAACCGGAGAGUUACCGUUUACAUAUUUGCCAUCUGCUGUUCAGAAUAACAUUAAAUUAGAUCCUUGUGGGCUAUCACAUUCAUUUGAAUUGUAAAUAUCUAUCCUAACAUAGUUUUGGUUCAAAGCAUAUUUCAUAACAAAAACACCCUUCUCUUAUUUAUUAGUUACAAAAUAAAUUCAAUACAUAAAUAGUAACAAUUUUUUCUUCUAUGACUGUGGUUUUACCCUGGCUCGCUUCAUUUCAUUCACACAUAUUUACCAUCAUUGCAUCAUUAUUUAUACAGGUCUUAGUUGAAAAAGUGUUAACUGAAGUUCGUAAAUAAUCUUUAGUACGGUCGUGAAUAGACAAUCCAUACGUCUCGCUGUAGUUACGAAGUUUUCUUGAUAGCACAUUCCUUUGUCAUACCGGCAUCUCUCCACUUAGAAUAGCUAGGCAAAGUAAUGAGUAUAUGCCUGUACAAAGGUUUGCAUGCUUGACCAAGAUUAUAUCUAUACAUCGGGUAAAUUCGGCAACUGCAUUGCACAACCCGAACAACAUGACCUGGAAAACAUAUUCGUAAUUUGUUUAACAGAAUAGCUGUAUACUUUCUAAAAUCUUCUCGUAACGGCAUUUGCCAAUAUCCCGCAGACAAAUCAACUGAUACAGAUGUAUUAUGUCGCUAGUGGUACGUGGACUGUCAUGUAUCUCGAUUAAUAUCAAGCGCAUCCAAACAGUAUCACAAAUAUGUCUUUCUUCUUUACACAUAAAAUGGGGUUGGCAUAAAGGCUGACUGCCCUUUCAAUAGCCUUCCAACCAAUAAUGAGAUUCAAAUACUCUUGGCUCUUCGUUUCCUUGAAAUACUUAGAAGGUAUCGGGUAGGAUUUUAUAUGAAAUACCUCUUACGGUUUCACUUUUAUCCUUACCUGAAAUAAUGUAUUUAUCCAGGUUUAUAGGAGAAAACAUCAUGAUAUCUCAUCAACAAAAAUAGAAGUUCUUUCAAGUGAGAACUUACGACACUUAUGUCUCGGAUCGUUUCCUGUAAAUCGGAUUCGGAAGCCAUUCAUUCUUGGGUAGAAUUAUGAUGCAUAUUAAAUAAAAAGUUUUGUUACUAAUCAAGGCUACUCGUUUAUCAGACGUCUGUGUAAGUAAUCUGGAGGCGUGAUCAACCACCGAAAUCUAAAAUAACGUUAAAUUUAGCCAAAAUAAUCGACUACCAAAAUUACAGGUUUUACUAAUCAUUUUACUAUUAAAUGAUUUAUUUAGUUGGAGUUAUCUAAUCUAGUUAUGUCCAGAAAUAUUUGUUUAUUUACUAUAGGGAUGAAUCUUGAGGUUACAUCUAAUAUCUUCUAAGUUGGUACUGGAAGCAUGAGUAAUUUUAUUCUAGCAUUUAGUAUACAUGCAACACUAUCUGAACUAAUGCAUGAUAUUUCGGCCAAACUGUCUAGAAUAACGGGCAAAAUAACCCCGUUAAUACAUAUAAUUAGUUCUGGACAUAGAUAAUCUUUUUCAACUGGUAAUUCAUAUUGUUCAUUCCACAUCGUUUUCAUUUAAUACGAUGGUAUAGGCUAUUGGUCUUAAUUGUGAAACCGUUUGAGAUAUUUGGGGGUAUAAUUGGCCAUUAUUCUUAAUCUCUAUGACGACAACUUUCAUACUAAAUUUCAUACAAUUCUGAGGUGGUCAAGUAAUUUUUUUCUUUAUUUAAAGUUUUGGAUUUCAUUCGGAAUGACCCUUGAUCUCCUCCUUUUCCCUUUCAUUUGAAUACCCACACGAUAAGCUUCCCAUCACAACCCCGUCCGCAGUCCUUAACCACCUUCCUCCAGCUUCGCUAAUUGUACACACUCCAGGGAUUGGUUCCUGGUUGUGGAUUGUGGAGGAGGUAAAUGACCGACCGCAUUGAAGUCACGGCGGCCAUCUUGGAUGACCUUGACCUUCAAAAUUCUUGGAAAAUUCCUCAAAACACCUAAAGAAAUUCCCUAUUUCUAGGGAAAAAUUCCCGUUUUUGAAAAAAAAAAAUUCCCUAUUUUUUUCCUACAAAUAUUUAAAAAAAAUCCGGAAUUCUGAAUGCCUCAAAAGACUUAUGCCUUUGAUAAGAUCCCAAAUUCAAAAAAAAAAAAAAAAAAAAAAAA